AGCAGGAAAAGAUGUGAAAGGAGAAAAUUUAUGUCGCUAUCCGGAUUCAAACCCAGGACCUAUUGAUUGAGAGACGAACACCCUCUAGACUACAACAAGAGUUCCCUCCUGUCCAGUAAACAAUAAGUGAUUAAUCUAAAGAACAGGUCUCAUCUUUUUGAAGAGCGAAGCAGCCUCAGCGCUGAUACGUUGAUGGCCAUCAUGAGGUUCCAGACAAUCCUUGGUUGUGUUUUCGCUGCUUCUUUGUGUUGGAUAGCAGCCGCUGAGUCGUCAGAGUGCAGCUUAAUGCCAGCUGUGGAAAAUGGGAACAUUGUGGAAAUUCAAGUGCCCACCCAUGUGCUGCACUACUCUUGCAACUUAGGUUAUCGUUUGGAAGGUCCAGACAAACUCAUAUGUUCAAAUGGAACGUGGUCACCUUCAGAGGCACCCAAGUGUGUUCCAAGAGCUGUUGUGUGCUUAGCAGCUCCAAGUGUUCUUAAUGCCCGAGUGGAAUACAACCUCAGUGAGUCGCCGUUCCCCAAGGCCAAGGGUAGCAUGGCCACCAUAGUGUGCGCCAGUGGCUAUUCCAAUGACAUGACAUUCCAGACAAGAUUUGUGGUCAUCUGUGGACCCCAUGGGCUCUGGACUAUGCCUGAUGGGUCAGUCCAUCUGCAGCACUGUACAAGGAAGCACUGCACAAACCCGCCCGAAGUGCCUCGGGCCCUCUACAAGUUCAGCAGCUACAACCCCAUGAUGACAGAGGGUCUCGAGGUGGAGUACAUUUGCUCCAACGGCUAUGAGCUGCUGGAUCCUGCUAGUGCCAGGCUUACUUGCCGCAACGGACAAUGGGAAGGUCCCACUCCGACUUGUGUGCUGAAAGAGUCUUGCCAGACUCCGGACUAUAUUCACAAUGGAAAGUGGAGCAUUCUGAGCAAGUCUCAAGUGGAAGGUCCCAGGCUGGGACUGGCUGGCCAAGAUGAUGCAGAGUACCCGAUGUUUGAGGUUGGGGCGGAGGUGGAGUACAUCUGUGACGAUGGCUUCAAGCUAGUGGGGCCCAAAGUGCUGCAGUGUCGACCUUCGCGCAUCUGGUCCAGAGCACCUCCCAUCUGUAUUCCAGAGUCAGAGAGUACGUGGUACUGCCCCGACCUUGGUCAGAUCAAGAACGGCUUCUGCAAGUGUGUGGGCGAGGACUCGGCUGACCUCCAGCUGUGCAUGCCCUUCCACCGCGGGACUCGCAUCGAGUGCACCUGCCUGGACGGAGUGGACCUGCUCACCUGUACGCACAGCUCCAGCCUCAACAUUGGUGUCUGGCAGUGGGACACGCCUCGCUGUUACAAGGAUUCCGAACCUGGCGCUCCAAUGGAUAUGUUACCGGAUGGAGAGAAUGAUGGCAAGUCAUAUAACUCUGGUGACAUCAGUGACGGAAAGAACAAGGUGUCAUCUGUGGUGAUUGUGGUGACCACUGCCUGCAGUGUGCUGGGGGUGCUGCUGCUCAUCAUGGUCAUUGUGGUGUUCCGGAGGAAGAAGCCGCGUGCUCCUUUGUUCCAGCAGGGACCUGCUCCUCCGCCUUACUCAAGGGUGCACAACAACUCUUUGGACGAGCACGACAGACUGGCAUUGAUGGCCUAUGCAGAUGCCUCCAGAGUGCACCUUCCAUCUUACGAAGAGGCCGUGAGACCAGGAGCUGGUGGGGCCAUCCUACCUGUGACCUUGGGUCCUGGAGUGAGUGGCCACGGGACCAGCCCUACGUCAGAGUACCGUCGGCUGCCCAACGUAUACCCUGCGGUCAGGGCCUCCAUUAUGCAACAACAGCAGCACAACAACAACAACAUGGUGGGUGAUGGGAACAACAACAUUAACAACAACAACAACAACAAUAGCAACCGUCACUCCACGGUGACUACUAGCACCAUGAACCGCGAUGGCGUCUCGGAGAUCUUCGGUUCAGUGGACACAGUGAAUGUGAGCAUGAGCGAUGCUUCCACGUCGGUAACCGUGGAGACGUAUGACUCUGGCACAUCAAACAGAUCCAUGGCAUCACAGAGAGCCACAGCUGGAAGUCUGACAUCCUCAGAUGAUCAACUCGCCACGGAUGACGCCCCACUGCUGGACUCGACUUCCCAGAGGGAGGCAGAUGUGGUCAGUGUCAGCUCCAACCCAAGCCGGAGCAGCAAGGAUGAAUGAAGCUUCGAACCCUUCCCCUGAGAGAUUGCUGUGAGCUCCUUGCACCAGCACAGUGCCAGGAAAGGACAUGAACAGUGUUGGAACUUACAUCUCUGGAAGAAAGUUUAUUCAAUGGAAGGUAUCUAUCACCUGAUGCUGGCUGUGAGUGCCACUGCAAUUUUAGGGAUCUGAAGAUGGAGAGAAAAAAAAUCCCUCUUGAUUGCUCCAAUGGAAGGGAGUUUUUAAUCAGCUGAAGGUACCUUGUGAUAUUUACUGUGCUUACACGUAGCAGCGUGAUAAAGGAGAUUUUUACAAAAAGACCAGGUUGAAUUCCCGCCACCCUGAAGGAGUUGACUCGACGUGUGAUCUUCUCGUUUGAUGAGUGUGAUCUGUGUAGGCGACAUUACAUUCCCGUCGGUCUCGAGGGGUGGCCGGUGAGCCGUGCACAAGGGAAGUAAUCACAACAAAAUGGAACAGUUUUGCCCCUCUGUGGGUGGAUUUUCUCCCUUGGAGUUUGGUGACAUCUUUUUUUUUCUCAGAUUUCACUACUUUCUGAGUGUCCCUUUGAGCGGCGAGCAUAAUGGACUGGUAUCAUAAUACACCAGGGAAAACAAAAUAUCUAGGGCAUUUCAUUUGUUUUUUAACAGUUGACUCAUAAAGUAAGAAUGUUACCCUUAAUGCUGUGUAUGUUAAUUACAGUGAGUUUAUACUGGACUUUAAUGUGUCCUUUUUUUUCUAUUGGCUGUCAAUAUUUGGAGUGUAUAGCUCUCUAUCAUUUUAUAGGUUUCUUUUGAAUAAUUCUUAUGGUAGAUUUAUCUGGCAGUGUGGCUAUAUUUAUAUUGUUUCGAGGCUGUUACUAUCCGUAGACAUAAUUGAGAACACGAGGACUGAGUUUUUCAUUUCUUUCCUCCUCUCAUUUUGUUAAUGGCUUCUGAGGUGAAUGCCUUGCAUGAAGUCUUUAUAUGGUUUAGUUUUUCAUUUACAUAUCAAGGUGCUGCAAAAUAUUUUGAUAUCAUAUUCAGUAUGAUAUUCAGCGGUCAUAUUGAAAUAUAAUUUAUGUAGUGUGUCAUCAUAUUAUCAAUCAUAUUAUUAUAGUAAUGGAUAGCAUUUUAGUUUACUGCAAAUCACGUACCAGUUUUGAAGAAUUUUGACAAGCAAUCAAUGGUUUGUCAGGUAUUACAGACAAUUCUGUAGAUUUAGCCUUUAUUGUUUUCACGAUUUAUAAAGAAUAAAAGAGUUGACUUUGUGACAAUAAAAGUAUAAACAAACUAUUUGAGGAAGAUUUUCAGUGAGUUUGUUGGUUAAAUUAUAAUGGUGACAGAGGGAAGAAAAGGGAUUAGAUCAAUAAGACUUGGUUAAUGUCUCGUAAAAAUGUUUAAAGUCCUAGUCACAAACAAAUGGCCUCGCUAUUGAACAGUGAUGACAGCGGAAGUUUUCCACAGUGUUUUGUUUUAACUUGGUACAACUUUCAUUAGGUUUAUUAAUUAACCUUAUGCUCCCACCGUUGUUCCGAUAUCUUCUUGUUUUAUUUGAUGAAAUUCUACCGUUCUGGCUGCUUCAUUUCUUGUGAUCAUUUGCCAGAUAAUGUGCAAUCAGUGUGGUUCUGCUUUAUUUAUGACUCCAUAACACUGGAUACCGGUAUAGUAGAUUGUUGCUUCUUAUGCAUACUUGCUGUGGAAGUUUGUAUCUUUGAACCACCCCGGUCAGUUUAAAGUAUCAGUGUAAUACAAAAUGCUCUGAAUGUCAUAAAGAUUUAUCAAUUCUAUAUAUUUUUUUGUAUGGUUUUAUUUGUAGGGUUUCAAAGGGGUUUGGGAUAGUCAAGAAGUCUGCCGUAGUUGUAUUGCAUCUGAAUGUUGUUAUGUUUUGAGUCUUUAUGGUGAAUGGUGUGUCUACAAAAUCAGAUCUCAUCAAAAUGUAUGCUGGUGCACUGAAUGAUGUCAAAAGUUAUUUUAAAUCCAGUGGGAUGCAAAUGGGCAAAGACAGGAGGAGCAUAAAUUUAAAGGCUUACCGAGUCUCAAGAGAAGAUUUUUUUUUCUUUUCCACACUUACUAUCACAUGAAAUAAUGAUUUAUACCCCAAGCAUUCAUUUAGUGUUUCUGUUGAUGAGAAACCAGCUUGAAUUUGAUUACCUGCAUUUAGAAAGAAUUUACAGUGAAAGCUUUAUCAAUUUCAUUUGAAUAUAGAUCAUUUCAUAAAGUUUUGGUACCAGUGCUUUAAAGUCCCAUUUCUCUGUUAACGUAACGUGGAAUCAAAACUUGAUGUUGUACGCUAAGCAAACACUCAACUCUUUCUGUUUGUACCGCCGUGUAUGAUCACGGCUCUUCCACUGUUUGUUUGUUUGUUUUUUGUUUUGUUUUGUCUUUUUGACUGACAUUAAUCGUUGUGAAAAUCAAAAAGGGAACAAAUGGUCUAAUAUCAUUCUGGAAAAGCAUUGUUAUAUAUAUUUGUCCAAUUUCAGAUGAACUUUCUUCUCCAUUUGUAAUUUCUAGUUUGUUAAUUAUAAAUAUGAGUAGUACUUCCAACCCUUUUCUUUUUAAGGUGCAACGGAUGUUGUUCUGCCAAAACAAAAUGCCAAAGAGAAAAUACAGAAAACUUUGAAAAUAUUUUUAAGGAGC